UGGAAAGGUCUAGACUGUCCAUAUUCAGUUCUGCACGUGUGUCUUUUCUCCAGACGUGGCAAGCUGCAGAGGGAGUCAGACUUCAUGGCCAGUGUAGACAGCAGCUGGAUCUCCUGGGGUGUGGGAGUCUUCAUUCUGAAGCCCCUCAAGUGGACUCUCUCCAGUGUGCUGGGAGACAGCAAAAUACCUGAGGAAGAGGAAGUUCUGAUUUAUGUGGAGCUGCUUCAGGAGAAGGCAGAGGAGGUUUAUCACCUCUACCAGAACUCAGCACUCUCUUCUCACCCUGUUGUUGCCCUCUCUGAGCUGCGUUCCCUCUGUGCCAACCUUUGCCCAGAUGAAAGGACGUUCUGCUUGCUGCUUCUCCAGCUGCAGAAGGAGAAGAGGGUGACGAUCCUGGAACAGAAUGGAGAGAAGAUAGUGAAGUUUGCCAGGGGUCUCCAUGCCAAAGUGUCCCCCAUGAACGACGUGGACAUUGGAGUCUAUCAGUUGAUGCAGAGUGAGCAGCUGCUGUCACAGAAGGUGGAGUCCCUUUCCCAGGAAGCAGAGAAGUGUAAAGAGGAUGCCAGGAGUGCUUGUAGAGCUGGGAAAAAGCAAUUGGCUCUGAGGUGUCUGAAGUCCAAACGGAGGACGGAGAGGCGCAUUGAGGAGCUCCACUCCAAGCUGGAUGCAGUGCAGGGGAUCUUGGAUCGGAUCUACGCCUCCCAGACCGACCAGAUGGUAUUUAAUGCCUAUCAGGCUGGUAUGGGAGCUCUGAAGCUGUCCAUGAAGGAUGUCACUGUGGAGAAGGCAGAGAACCUGGUGGAUCAGAUACAAGAGCUUUGUGAUACUCAAGAUGAAGUAGCCCAGACUCUGGCUGGAGUGGGGAUCAAUGGUCUAGAGACAGACACGGAGGAACUCGAGAAGGAGCUGGACAGUCUCCUCCAGGACUCAGCUAAGGAGCCUGUAGAUCUGCCCCCAGUUCCCCAGAAGGUGCUGGAUCCCCCCAUUUCUGAUGCUGAGCUGGAAGCUGAGUUGGAAAAACUCUCUGUUAGUGAUGGAGAUUUGGCACAAAAGACUCCCUCUGCUUCCUCUGAACCCAAAACAGCUCUGGGACUGCAUCUUUGAAGACCUGAGAGCAUCCUGUUGCUGCAGUUUGAGAAGUUGUCUUGAGGUUCCUUAACUAAUGACUAGAACUUCUGGGGGAAGAGGGGUGACACUCCCCCAUUCUCCAUGGAUCUCACUUUGCUCAGCAGCAGGAUCUCCUGCCCUGACAAUCCACUCUGGAACUGGCCCCAGCUCUGAUGUUUGUCAUCUCUGUGCCAACACCUGCACUGGUCUCAGUUUGACUGGUGUC